UGGCGCGGGCGCAGCUGCGCACUACAGGCAGAUAUCAGACACACAGCACACGGAUCGUCGUAUCAUCAUCAGUAUAGUGUAGCAGCCACAGGCGUCGCGCUCGCGCAGCACACAGUGUCGAGCGCUGCUGAGCCGCCAGACUCCCGAGAGCGAGAGAGAAAGAGUGUCUCAGUCCUCCAACUAUACGCGCACCCUCCCGUCUCGUCUCUCGUCGCCGUGAGAUUGCGGGCACACGCAUAGAGACAGCGAGAUAAAAACACAGUGAUCCCGUCGAGGAAGUCGAGGAAUAGCAGCAGCAGCAGCAGCAGCAGCAGCAGCAGCAGUAGCAGGAGGAGGAGGAGCGAAGCUGCUCCCUCGGAGAGGGCGCUGAGAGGCCGUCGUCGCGCACGACGCGGAGCUCAGCUCUCGCCAUGGCGAACCCCCGCAAGUUCAGCGAGAAGAUCGCCCUGAUCAACCAGAAGGAGGCAGAGGAGACUGCUCGCUUCGAGGCGAUCAUGAAGGAGGUCUCCGAUGUCACAAGCAAGGUGGCGUCGGCGAACGCGAGUCCCACAUCGACGGCGGCCGCCUCGACGUCGAGCAGCGCAGGCACGAGCCGACAAGCCACGGCGAGCGCUGCCGUACCGGCCGGACCCGAAGCCGCUCCGACGCGUCCCCUAUCUGUCAAAUCGGCCGGUGCCAGUCCGCCCCAGUCCAGCGGUAAGCUGCUGCACAUUAACCUGGGUCAGCAGUACCGAGCCGGCUCGCUGCCCAAUGUCAACGCUAACAAUGCCGUUGGAGCCGGUCAGUCCAACGUCCCGGAACUGACCGGUAAGGACAUCUUGCUCAUCGGCCAGAUCGCCACCUCCGCCACCUUACACUCGAUCGACCUCAAGACGGCGCUAAACAACCUGGAGGAGAUGCAGCAGAGCCAGCUGUGCUACCGACAAGGCCAGGCGCCGGCCGGUAAUGUCCAGCAGCCCGGAGGUGGCGGUGGCACCGAGCGAGGCCGGAGUAUGGGUGUGGGCCCGAUGCGCCACGAGAAGCGUCACGACACGUCCCCCUACAGUGGUGUACCUUAUCUAUCGCCGCCACUUCCAGAGACGCACUGGCGGCGUACUAACUCUGACUCCGCUCUCCACCAGAGCGCCAACGAGGCUUGCCAUCAUCAGAGCCAUGGUUCGCCUAUGACCCAUCGACGAGGUAGCGAUGCCUAUCAACAGCGAGGAGCCCACGGAGGAUCGAGCAACGAUAACCGAGGAGAUUCCCAUCAUCAUCAUGGCUUCAUCGAACGGCCGAGAUCGUCCUGUGACAUGCCCAGAGUGCCAGGCAUAAACGUGUAUCCAAGCUCACAACCGCCGGGACAGCAAAUUCCGAUCGGCAACAACACAGGUUCGCUGCCGGACCUGAGCAACGUACGCUUCUCAUCGCCGCUAGUUACGCCGUUAGACCAAGAGGACCAUUCAAGCGGUUCACAAUACAGCAAUAGUCCUCAAACGAGCCAUCAGAGUCCUCAAACGAGUCCCACCACCCUGUCGCCAACCAGCUUGGUGCAAGCCGCAAGCGCCCAAAAUCAUUUAUCGGUGCCUGUUAACCAUAGGUUUCUACAUUCCUGUAAGCAGGGUCUCACGCAGGAGAACAACACGAGUGCGUCCCAACAGGACCUCAGGGUGGCAGGCUACUCACCGCAGCAGCAGAACGUUACGGGGACGACGUCGCCAGGUAUACCGCAGCAGCACCCUGUGGCGCACAGUCCUGGACACUACGUCUACCAGCAACCGCACAGUCCUGUGGCACCUCAGAGUCCAAAUGCGUCGCAAGCACAAGUGCAUCCGCAGAACACGCAAGGCCCGUUCAACUCGCUGAAUUACCGAACGACGCAGAUGGUGAACCGACCUUCGCCACAAUCUUCGCCUAGUAUUACCUAUCAGGAAAGCCCUCUUAGCUACAGCAACAACGCUUCGGCGCCGUCAAGUCCCACGGGCCACCACGGCCCGCCGAACUUGUCGCUCGACUCCCAGGAUCAGAAUGUAUUUAUCAAUCAGGUUCACGCGGACUUUGAACAGUUUAGUAUGGCCCCAAUCGAUUGGGCGCAAAUGAUGCAGCAGCUCGAAGAUACCGGUUAUACCUUGAGCACGCCGCUGGACGAGAUGGAUUCGCCGUCGACGACGAUUGGUCCUUACAUGAACUCACCCAGCCAUUCCGGCACGUACGCACAGAAUGAUAUACUGAGUGUCACGAGUGAACUCGGCAGCGGAGACGGUGGCUACUUCAGCACGAGUCCUCUUCAGCCGUUAGGUUAUCAUGCGAGGACACCGACGACAACGCAACAGUUGACGCCGCAAACGCCGAACACGCCGACCAUUACACUCACUGAUUGUUCGCUGGGACCAGACGACUUCGGGCCGUCGAUCGCAGCCUCGUUCGGUACGGAUAUAUUCGCCACGGAUGAUGCGCUCGGAUGUCAAGAACUGAGUGCUAUGCGUCAGGAGGACAUAAACGCGCUCAGACAGGGCCUCGGCCCGCUUGACCUUGACGAGCUUCAGAGGCUCGCGAACUCGGAUAUGGUCAUAUCGGAUCCGACGACCGAAGCCGACUUUAGGUUAGAGCAGCGUUAAUGCUAAAUUCCGAAGAUGUCGUUCUCGCGACUGCUGUCGACUUUUUGUAUUUUAAUCGCGUUAAAAAAACUAUAUCUGUAAGUGGACACAGCCCAGAGGGCUCGAAAUGAUGAUGAAAAAAAAAGAUGCUUCAGCGAGGCACGUGGAGAAUGAAGAGAUAUACGAAAAAUGAUUAACACGGGAUGAAUGAAACAUUUUGUGAUGGUGCCUCGGUGAAUGGACACUACCCAUAAUUACGAAUACUGCAAAUUUUAUUAAUCAACUUUUUUUAUUUUAUACUACUUUGUACAUUGUAUCGCGUAUAAUAAAUGGUAUCUACGACUGUUAUGACUAUUGACGACCUGACUAAAACGACGGUGAUCAUGUGAAGAUUAAACAAUGUUGAUGAUUAUUGAUACGAGGGAAAGAGUACGAUAAACGAAGAUGAUCUCUGAGAAGCACAAAACGAAUCAUUUAAUGAUUUAUAUAUACAUAAUAUAUUAUGUAAAAGAUAAUGAAACUGUAGGAAGAUUAGCUGUAAACGAACAAUACACCGAAUCUAUAUAAUGUGAAGAUUUCAACGUAUCAUUCUCGAUGAUAAAUUUUUUACUUGCUCGUUUCUUUCUGAAAUACGAUUCGCCGAAAAAAUCUGUUAUAUAUGCAUAUAUAUAUAUAUAUAUAAAUGUGUACAUUGUAUUUCAACAUUCAAUUGAGCUCGUUUUAGUCGAUCCUAUAUAAUUUUUCUAUAACAAAUGAGAAACAAAGAAAUAAGAAGAAAGCAAACCAAAAAAAAUACUUGUGAAACUCGUUUCACAUGGCACACACCCACACAUCACGAGAAAGAAAGACUCGAGAUCAAAUUAAGCGCGAUUUUUAAGGAAAAAAGAGAAAAAAUAAAUUUGGUGUCAACAAUUCCUUCAAUAUACUUACUUGAAUCAUUCUUAGUUCCGAGCCGCCAGAACUGCGUAUAUUUCGAUCCUUCCACCGAUCGACGCAACGUAACGUAAAAAAAAUCGAGGAUGAAAUGAAGCAACGUAUAAGACAUAAAAAAGAAAAAACAAAGCUUUAGAUAAAAUUUUUAUAAUAAAUAAACUGUAAUUGCGAAUCUCAAUGUCGAAAAUAAGCGUCAAACCUUCGUUGUUGAAUAAUAAAUGAAACGAGAUAAAUGAGACCGUCGCUAAUUAUGUAGCAAUAGCACGUACAUACAUACAUACUAGGCAAUAUAUUUCGUACCUUGAUUUUUCUCGACAAGCAAAAGAGGUGUCUUUAUAAACAUUCAUGCUCGUUUCUCUCUAUCUCUCUUUUACACUAUUUCUAUUUUCUUUCUCUUCCCGUCUCUGCAACUCUAGAUCUUUCUUCUACUAUCUCUCCGUCACUCAACUUAACUCCUCUCUUUCU